GACUGACGAUAACAGCAGAUCGUGUACCUGGGAUGGGUCGCUUUGCGAACACAGUUUGGGGCCUUUUCUGCGAAGCUCAUGACGCAAGGUUUCAAGCACAACUGAGCGAAGAAGUGCAUGAGCUGCUAUGCGCGGCUCUGUUGGCUGGCGGCGGGGACCUAGAUUCUCUCCCUGAAGGUCUUCAAGAAUUGGUGAGGAGGUAUGAGAACCUGCCGAAACAAACAUACAAAGCUUGCCAAGCAAUUCUGCGACCUUUGAUCGCCCUGGCAUUGGAGUGUGGCAAGCAACAGGAGUUCAAGAACAAGCUGGAACUAGUGAUCCAGUCGAUGACGCAAAUCAGCUCUGAGGAAAUCGUUGAGUAUCUUUACCCUGAAGUCAACGAAGAGGACGAUCUGGAGACAGGCAGCCCGCAGUCAUCCACAAGUGAUGCAAGCGUCACAAGCACCGAGCGGGCAUUGCGCUGA